UUUUAUACACUGAAACCAAAGAAGACAUACGUGAUUACAUAAUUCCAUUGAUAAUAUUUGAACUGUUUGAUCGGUUGUCAGUUUGUUGUUGAUUUCAUUGCGAGCGGAUGUACGAAUGAUUUUCUGUCUGUUGUGAACACAAUGAGGAAUAUGAUAUUUUUCUACGUGACCUGCUUUGCCAUCCUGAGCUGGAUUGCUUCAAACACCACUGCGCUCAGCUGUAAUCCCUGUUUAAAACUGUUAUCAAAUGGAACUUUGGAAAACAUAGCAAAGUGCAGACCAGCAGGAGAAUGCAAAGGAGGACUUUCAAAAUCCGUAUGUGGUUGUUGUGAUGUAUGCGCAAAAGUUGAAAACGAGAAAUGCGGAGGUAUCUUUAUGAUUAAAGGAAGAUGUGAUAAAAAUCUGGAAUGCAAACCGGUAAAAGAAACCGAAAAGAAAAAUCCGUUCUUCAAUGGAAUAUGUGUACCAAUGUUAAAGCCUACGCUAGCAGCAACGCCGUCUGUAAACCUAAAACCACAUGUUGUUCCUACCCUUCUGCAUAUACAGAAACCAGAUGUUCCAAAACAUAAGAAAGAUCUGCUUCAAGAAGAAAGAAAAAUAUUACGAAAAAUCAUCAACUUCAAAGAAAACCCUUCGCUCCAAAAAGAGGCUGAACUUUUCAAACAUGGUAUUCCAAGGAACCACAUCGAUGAUGCUGUUGUGGUUGAUCCCGCUGACAAUGUGUACUAUUAGCGGGACUUUAAAUUAUGACUAAUAGCAUGACGCAUGUCGAAUGGUAUAAUACCGACCACAAGAAUACAAUCAAUAAUAUUUAAACUUACAAGUGGGCAGAAGGAAUUUCUCCCAUAAUUUCUACCACACGGCUGGUUCAGGAAAUGAAAAGAAUUCACAUAGACGUGUUGUCAUGGUUUCAAAGACAAAAUAAAACAUUUAAUCCGACAUCUAUGGAAUAGCGAAAAAUAAUGUGUCAAAUUGACAUUGGGUAUUGUGACUAAAAAAUUAAAAAUCUUUUAAAACAAUAAAUGUUGCUACAUGCGAAAACAACUCUGUUGUGUUAAAAAAAGAGCCUGGGCAGAGGUUGGUUUGUAUGUGAUGAGAAUGUGUAUAAAUAUAAUGUUUGCUCCAAUCAACUGUUCUUAACUCCUUCAAUAAGACGUGUUGUGAUUGUGAUGAACAAACAUUACAUCAAGUAUUACUUUGAAGUGUUGAAAAGUUGUUUUAUUUGGAGAGGGUAAUUAAAUUGCUACUUCACCCGAUGACCCUUUGAAUGAUAUAAAAAUACUUUAUCACACGUAAGACAGUUUCUUACGUCAAAA